UUCUUAAAUUGUGAUCUUUGUAAAAAUAUAAAAUCAAAUUAUUAAAAAUAAGAAAAAAAAAUCCCUUUGGUGUUGCCGUCCCAAAAAAGGCCCCCUAAAAUGAUCGUUUACUUGAUAUUUUCUUCGCCUUCUGUUGUGAUUUCUCUCCCCAAAGUUUAAAAUCUCGGUAGAAAAAGCAAGUCGUUUUUAGUGCGCAAGUAUAAUUUUAGUAAAUAUAUUUCCAUUGCUUCAAAGCAAAAGAAAAGACCAAAAAAAAAAAAAAUGUUCGCGGCUGCUCCACCUCCUGCUGCUGGUGUUGAUGUUUCUUCUUCUUCUUCACUUUAUUCUGUAUGUGAAUCGAAGGAAGAAGCAGUGAAAGAAGGACAGAAUCAAGAACAACAAAAGCAAGAAGGAAUUAAAGAGUGCAUACACAAGACUAAGGCAAUUGAGUUCUUAGGUCGUACUACGCCUAUUAUUCUCCAAAACGACAAUGGACCUUGCCCUCUCCUCGCCAUCUGUAAUGUUCUCCUUUUACGGAACAAUUUGAACCUGAGUCCUGAUAUAACUGAAGUUUCACAGGAGAAAUUACUUUCACUGGUAGCCGAACACCUCAUUGAUUCCAACAGUAAUAUCAAUAAUAAAGAUGCAGGAUAUGUCGAAAAUCAACAGCAGAAUAUUGCCGAUGCAAUUGAUUUACUUCCCCGCCUUGCCACAGGGAUUGAUGUAAAUAUUAAAUUCAGGAGAAUAGAUGAUUUUGAGUUCACUCCCGAGUGUGCUAUAUUUGAUCUGGUUGAUAUUCCCCUCUAUCAUGGUUGGAUAGUUGAUCCCCAGGACUAUGAAACUGCUACUGCCAUUGGGUCAAAAUCGUACAAUGCAAUUAUGGGGGAGCUUGUUGCACUAGAAACACGAAAUAUGGAGGUUUCACAUAAAAAUAAUUCUGAAGAUUGUGUGGAUUUUGCUGCUGCAACAGCUGCCACACUAGGAGUUCCCUCUCCUAGCCUGUCAAAAACCAGAUCUUUUGAUGAUUCUCCUUGUUCUGCUUCCGAUCACCAAAUAUUAAGAAAAGGGGAUCUUGAGGAGGAAGCAGAGCUAUUGAGAGCCUUGAAAUUAUCAGAGGCUGAAUUGCCAACCUCUGUUGGUGAUUCUGGCAGUUUAGAUGAAAGAUCAUUUUCAAAGAACCUUGUUUCUGUAGAUACACAAGAAGGGGACAAAUGUGUUGGAAAUCAGAACUUGCAUUGGCACGAACCUUCCUUUUCUGAUAAUUGCACUUCCUUGAGCAAUUAUAGUGUUAGUAAGACAUAUUUUGAGACCCUUACAAGAGAAGAGUUCCCAAAGACUGAUGGAAUUAAUCAGGAUCAAUCAUCUUAUAUUAAAUCUGGAGAAAUUACCCUUUCUAAUGAUGUGGUUGAGAAGAGUAAUGUUGAGACAAUGGUCAUUAAGGGGAGUAAUGCCGAUGAAUUGCUCCAGAUUGAAGGUGCAGUUGCCAUUUCUCUGGCAAAGGAUAAUGCAUCUAUUGAUGGAAACAACACUGAAAUUUCACAAUGGGGUGAAGAUAUCGAGAUUCAAUCCACUUCUGCAACUGGUGCUCAUGACAUUCUGGAUAAUGUGAAUAGGUGUGACUCGAUAGAAGUAUCAUCUGUGUCUUUACAAAAUGUGGGUUCAGAUUCAUCUAGUGGCAGAAUACAUCAUGCAGAUGUGCUAGAAGCUUUUACUUCUAGUCUUGAUGAAAGUGAGCCUAUAUAUGAAGGAGAAGAAUGUAUAUUAGAUUUAGUAACAACAUAUGAGGACCGAGAACCUAUAUAUGAAGGUGAAGUUAUUCUUGCAAAACAAGCUGAAAAAAGUGCUUUAGAGGGCUACAAUGUGACGUCUAAAGAUGAAAUUACUCCUCAACAAGGGGAACUGAUUGGAAACUUCUUGAAGAACAAUGCCAAUCAAUUGACCUUUAAUGGGCUUUUUUGCUUACGAGAUGGUCUUAAGGAACGUGAGCUUUGUGUUUUUUUUCGUAAUAAUCAUUUCAGUACCAUGUUUAAGUAUGACCGUGAACUCUAUCUUUUAGCUACUGACCAAGGCUAUCUAAAUCAACCCGAUUUGGUUUGGGAGAAACUAACUGAGGUCAAUGGAGACACACUUUUUAUGACUGGCAACUUCAAGGAAUUCAAGGUUGAUAGUCAUGCCACUGGUACUUGGGAUGAACAAAAUGUUAUGGCUAGUACUGCUGAUUACAUUGCUAGCAUUGAUACUGCAGCUCAAGCUGGAUUGGACAUAACCUCGGAUUUACAGCUCGCAAUAGCUUUACAGCAACAAGAGUUUGAACAACAGCCACAGCGGCAGAAUAUGCAGAAGCCACUUGUUGGUGCUUCAAGAUUAGUAACAGGUCCCCAGGUGCCGCGAAACAGUGGAAGGAGCUCUUCAUCUUCAUCGUCAAAGCAGCAAGAUGCAAAAUCAAAAGAAAAGUGUAUCGUGUUGUGAGUUUCGCGAUAAUGCAUUUGGGAAGUCUCUGUACUGUAAAUGUAUUCUGGACACUAAUAAAAACCCUGAUUAACCUUACAUGUAA